AUGGCAGCGUGGGCGUGCCACUGGGAGAGGAGGUCAUCGUACGGGGCGCUCCUCCGCUCCCUGGCGACGGCGAGCGGAGAGAGCGGAGCGGCCGCCGUGCCGCCGCUGUCGGCCGCGUGCGUGGCCCUCCUGGAGCUGUGCGAGGAGAGCACGCUGGGCAGCCUGCUGCUCACGCGCCACCCAUUCGGGGACCUGCUCGCUGGCCUAUGCCAGCUGUGCUACGCGCACCGCCGCGCAGGUGCGGAGGUGGCAGCGGAGGAGAGGCGCCACUGCGAACGGAAGCUCUCCCGACUGCUGCGGAGGGUGUACCAGCCGGCCGUGGUGCGCGAGCUGCUGGUGCUGCAAGGCGCCGCUGUCAAGGGAGGGCGAGCCCCCAAGUGGCUGCACAGCACCUGCAGCCGGCUCCUCACCGACGCGAUGCUCCGCCCGCGCGGGGUGCUGGCGGUGGUGGGCGGAGUCAUGGAGGGGGCCUGCGCAGCAUCCGGGAUGGCAGCAGACUGCGCGGAUGCGGAGGUGGCGGCGGCGGACUGGCGGAGGUGCGAGGCGGUCGCCCGAAUCCUGGCGUCCUGCGGCGGCCGAUCGUCCUCGCCGGAGGAGCACUACCGCAUCGUGUGCCCACAGGUGCUGGAGCUGCUGCACAUCGAGGACCGGCAGACGGCCCGAUCGUUCCAGCGCGUCGCCACGACGACGGCGGUCACUAUGGCGAGGGAGAAUCCGGCGCUCGCCCAGCGCUACCUCUUGUCUCCGAUGCUGGCACCGUUGGCACGCUGCACCUGCGCCGAUGCCGUCGCGGCCGCGGCCGAGGCCGCGCCUGGCACUGGUGCUGUCCUGGUGGAGGAAGCCGAGCUGAGCCACUGCGUUGAAGACAUCAACAAGGUGGUCGUGGCGUGCGGCUCCGAGCCUCCCCCGGCGGUGAUGCUGAGCGCCGUCGAGUCCGUGCUGCAGCCGCUCUUCCUCCUCUGCUGCUUCGCCAAGCGCGGAGUCUCCCACCUGCGGUCUCCGUGCCAGGAGACGCUGCUGUGGUUUGUGGAGCACGCCGAGCGGGAGCGGGCGGUGCGUGCCGUGGGCGGGCUGGCGGGGCUGCCCACUCGCCCGAUGCCGACCACGAUGCCGACCACGACGAUGCCGACGACGAUGCCGACGACGAUGCCGACGACGAUGCCGACGACGAUGCCGCGCUCGCUGCACUUUGCCCCCGGUGCCCACGGAGGAGCCGUCGCCCGGAUUCGCCCGCCGAUCGGGGCGGACGACGAGGAUGAGGCUGCGUGUGGCGCGCUGGACGAGGAGGCGUGGCAGCUGACGUGCCUCACGGAGCUCCUCGCCGCCGCUCAGCUCUCCGGCUUUGCCGGCGACUUCUUCCUCGCCUGCCUGAAGGACCUCACGGCGCUGAUGAUGCAAGAGCCCAGAGCGAGGGACGGGGGCAGCGCCGAGGGCCUGGAGGCCCCGGGAUCCCCCGAGGUGGGGAGCGACGCGGAGGAGAGCGACUACCAGAGGCUCCAGCUAAUGCAGCUCAUCCCGUACCUGUGCGAGAAGUUGGGCCACGGAAUCCUGCAGAGAACCACUCAGGUGUUGGAGUUUGUUCGCGUCACGCUGGAGCGGGCCACCGCCCGGCGAGGUGGCGGAGGUGGGCACGGGGAGGAGCGCCGCCUGGAGGCCGAGUCGCUGCGCCUGGCCAUGGGACUGGCGGCCGUCACGCUCGGCGGAGCCCAGUUAAGUCCGGCUGACCGGGCGGCCCAGGCGACCCUGCUGGGUCCCCUCGAGAGGAUCGUGAACUCUGACCCCGAUCCCGACCUCCGCGACCUGGCCUCUGACCUCCGCAUCGCCAUAGCGACGCACGGAGCGGUCUGCGGAGACAAUUUGGCGGAGGCAUCACGGGCGACCAUCGGCCGGAAAGCGGAGGAAUCGGGAGACCAAAUACGGUCCCGAGAGGGGCGGCCCUCACCGCCACGGGGUCACCGCCCGGCCGCCUCCCCGGUGACCGUGCAGGACAUGCUGGAGGCGACCCACGACCCCGAGGUGCCGGUGAGGGCGGCCGCAUUGCGCACCCUCACCGGGCUGAUCCAGCAGCGCCGCGCCGACGCCGUCGAGGAGCAGGACAAGAUCCUGGAGGUGUUCCUGGCGAGCGUGGACGACGAAGACCCGUUCGUGUACCUCUCUGCCAUUCAAGGGCUGGCAACGAUGGCCGACCGCCACCCGGCGCGGGUUUUCCCGCGCCUGCUGCGUGAGUACGGAGGAGGCGGCCGCGACGGCGGUGACGGCAAGGAGGAGGCCGGCGCUGCGAGACCGCCGCGGCCACCGCAAGGCCGUGUCAAGCUGGGAGAGGCCCUGGUACGAGCGACCCGCGCCCUCGGUGAGUUCAAAGGCCGCCCCCGGCCACGUCCGCCGCUUCCGAGUGGUCGGCGAUGUCGGCUGUGUGUGUGUGUUGAACUUCUUUCGCACCCUACGUAGCCAACCAUGG